AUGGACGUAUAUGUCCAGAUCACGGGCCUGGACUCAGGGAAAACGCGUGGAGUCAAGGCGCUGCUCGAUAGUGGCUGCAGUACCUGCUGCAUCGACACCGACUACGCACGGGCAGAAAAGCUGGAUAUCCAAGAGCUUCCGCAACCCAUUGUGGCUCGUAACGCCGACAACACCGAGAACAUCAGCGGUCGGAUCACACACUACGUCGACUUGAGAAUGAGAAUCGGCCCUCAUGUGGAGACACGCACGCUCCUUCUGACGUGUCUGGGAAAAGCCCGGAUCUUCAUCGGCCUGGAUUGGCUGACGGAACACAACCCCGAGGUGGAUUGGCAGGAGCAGACAAUGAGAUUCAGCCGAUGCCCAGAGCAAUGUCAAAUGAGGGGUCACGAGGAGCACCAAGCGAUGAUCGACAUGGAUGCAAUUGACCUGGACGCGGGUGCACCGGAUCUGGAAGAAGGAGAAUCGAUCUUGUUGAUCGACUUUGGAAAGGAGGUAGACCUACGGCUGAAGGAAACGCCGGCGCAGAAAUUCGCAGAAGAAGCGGAAAAGGAGAAGGAGAGAAUGACCGAGGGAAAGAUUCCAGAUCAAUACUGA